AUGGCAAGAGUCAAGCAAAAGGUGGCAAAGAAUGGGGCUGGGGGCGCCUUGACCCGUGGAGGGCAAGCUGCAAAGCAAAGAAACAAACACAAAGUGGUUAUGGAAGACACCUCUAAAGAGAAGAACAAGCUGCGGAGCGUGAUCACCUUCCGCGCGGAUCCCCCUCCAGGCUAUACAUUCAUACCUGCUGGAAAUCCAGAACUCACAGCUGCGCUCAAGGAGUUUGCACGCAGAGGCGACAACAAAAUUUUUGCUGUUACGACUACGCCACAUGCCGAUCGCCAUGAACUCUCAAGGGAAGUACAUCGUGUUGGCUUUCAUUUUCCCACCAGUGUUGUUGCCCAGGUCUGUGCGCAUUAUGGCAUUCGUCUUACCAGCGGAGGCAAGGUCAUCGAUGAAACAAAGGAUGACAAACUCUUCAUGCAAGUCUAUCAAAACCCUGGACAUCGCCCUGUUGAAGGAGAAAAGGACCAGGUCACCAUCAACACCGAGGCCAAGCAGACCAUCAAAGAUCUGUUUCCCAACAUUCCAGACAAGGACCUGUUUCAGAUUAUCAAGACUGCCUUCCAAAAAGGCGACAACAAAGUUGGUACUGCGGAUGAGAUACCUCUUGUCCGUAGAGCACAACUUUCUGUCGUCGCUCAUAUUCGACAUAUGUAUACUCAGUAUGACAAGCUCCUGCGAAAAGUGCCGUACAACGACGCCCGCCACAUGGUCGAGCAAGAUACCCUCAAGAAGCUGAUCGAAUGGCGUGGCGACGAAGAAACUACGGAUGAAGCCACCCAACGUGCAGCCGAUGAUCUUCUUAGAGAAGUCAUCGUCAUUUCUGACGAAGAAGACAGCGACACCCAGUCGGAUGAUGUCCAACAAGUUCGUCACGACAAUGUGCAAGUCGAAGAGCUUCCAAGCGCCGCUUAUGGUCUGGGUUCAAGCCGACCUCGAUCUCCUUUGUCUCGGCUGUAUCGUGAGGAUGCCAUCCAGGACCGCCAUUUCCUACCACCCGUUGUGCACCGGUACAAACCCACUGAUGACGAAAUCGCCCAGAGGGAUCGCAGUAGGUAUGCUGUCUGGGACCAAGCCAAGCGCGAUUAUCGUUCUAGAAUAGCCGAAAGACCGGUCGCCGUUCUCGACAGGAUCUAUGAGCCCGAACUGCCAACCUCUCGCAUUCUCAUCCCACUCGACGACCCUGCGUAUCCUCCGAGACUGCAGGAUCCUCCUGUGUCAAUGGCCAGAUUGGAUUAUGAGCCCCGUCCCAUCCGCCAGCCGAAUCCACCAACGUUCAUCCGAAGCGAAGAUGGAACUUUGUACGAACGAAUUGCCACACGACCCAACGAAAUUUUACCUGACAGAGCGACGCGAUACGACGAGCGCACAUCUGCAGCAAUAUUGCCACCCGGAACGAGGGUAAGAACUCGGCCUUCUUCGCCCCAAGGCUACCUCUAUCGAGACCAUCGCCAUGGUGGAAAUCCUGAAGCAGGAGAUGCUACAGUUCUUCCUUCGAUUGAGGGCCCUGAUGGAUCCUACUUAUCUCCCCGCUCCCGCCAGAAUCCUUUCAACAGCCACCCGGAAUCUCGUGAGACUAACGUAGCACGAGAAGACGGUCGCGGUUUCCGGGAUGUUGCGUUUGUUGACCUUACAGGUAGUGUGGAGCAGUCUUCCAAGAGACGUCGAUUUGCAGAAAUUCCCGCGCUGCCAGAAUACCGGAUUGCUAGACGAGACUCUCCCGAGAGGCAUCGUGAGCACCUCUACAUGCCGCAAUCUCAAACAGGGCGUACCCGUACUGAAACUCGCGUCAUUGAUUACGGUGAGCUGCGCUCAAGCCCAGGACGUCAACCACUAGCCCCUUCCUUGGAACACCUCAGAUACGUUGAACGCCAGUCUGUCUAUGAUAAUCGUGAUCCCAACCCCAGUGGCACAUCCACCCAUCAAGCUUUCCCAGCUGUUCAGGGCAGUCGCGAGAUGCCAGCUGGGCAGUCUCGCUAUCCUGCUCAACAUCAGGGUUCUAUGCGCUCAGAUGGAUUUGAGGCCAACACGCCGAGGCGGUUGGAACAAUCCUUUCCGAAUCCUACACACCGCGUGUAUGAACCCGUUCUCGAUUCUCGCGGCUAUGAGAAUCGGAACGCCAUGGAUCGCAAUGGAGCCAUUCGUGAGCACUAUGCAGAAUCCGUUCCCCAAGACUCUCGCACACGGUAUGUGUAUCAUAGUGGGUCCAUUCUUCAUGAACCUGUCGAAGAUUUGUCACGUCAGCGUGUCCUCGAGCACGAGUAUCGGCCAGCAGCCAUUACAGGACAUUUCGCCCACUUUGAUCGAUGA